CAAGCAGCCAGCAAAUCGGUUGUCAGGUGGGGGGGCUACUGUGUCUUUAAAGGGGUGUUGGUCGAUAGAGAGGUAGCACAUAGGUUUAAUUCAGUCGCAAAGGAAGCUAGCAUUGUUGACCUCUGGGAAACCGGCGUCCGUCCGUGCAACCGGCAGCCAUGGGAGAAGAGGAGACUCGUCAGAAAUUGCUUCGCAGUGUAAAGAAAGAGGUGAAACAGAUCAUGGAGGAGGCGGUGACGAGAAAAUUUGUCCAUGCUGACAGCAGCCACAUUGGUUCCUUCUGCGCGGUGGUGGAGGCCUGCGUGCUGCACGGGCUAAAACGGCGUAUCGCGGGUAUGCUGUGCAGCAACAAAGUGGCGGCGCUCUUCAUGAAAGUGGCCAAAAGCUACGCCCCUGCAGAAGAGCUGUGCCACAAAGUCCAAGAGCUGGAGCACCUCAUAGAAAACAGCAAACGAAACAAUUCUUCACAGAGCAACGAGCGCAGUCGGCAGUCAAAGUUGAGCAACCUUUCACCUCUGGCCCUCAAACACAUAUGGAUCAGAACCGCAUUGUUGGAAAAGCUCCUGGACAAAAUCAUCCUGUAUUUAGUAGAGAACUCUAGUACUUUUUACGAGAAAGAAGCCAUGAUCAUGGAUCCUGUGGAUGGACAAAUUCUUGCAUCACUAUUGGUGGGUCCCUGUGCUUUGGAGUACACUCAAGUCAAGACCUCUGACCAUUUCUGGACGGACCCAUCAGCUGACGAACUUGUACAGAGACAUCGUAUUCACAGCGGUCACAGUCGACAGGACUCUCCCUCCAGGAGGCCUGCCCUGAUCCAAAAGAGACAAUCCAGUGGGAGCAUGGACGAUCGCCCUCUGGUGUGGGCGAGGGAAUAUGUGGAGUCAUUGCACCAAAAUUCCAGAGCAACGUUGCUGUUUGGCAAGAACACUGUGCUGGUGCAGCCUAGGGACGACAUGGAGGCCAUACCGGGUUACCUCUCCCUGCAUCAGACAGGAGAGCUGAUGACACUCAAAUGGACGCCCAAUCAGCUAAUGAAUGGCAACGCAGGGGAGCUGGAUUCUGAGAAGAGUGUCUACUGGGAUUACGCCAUGACGAUUCACUUGGAGGAGAUAGUGUAUCUCCACUGUCAUCAGCAAGUGAACAGUGGUGGAACCCUGGUGUUGGUGAACCAGGAUGGCAUCCAGAGGCCCCCCUUGCAUUUCCCCAAAGGAGGCCACCUGCUCCAGUUUCUCACUUGCCUGGAGACGGGCCUUCUUCCUCACGGACAACUGGAGCCACCGCUUUGGAACCAGAGAGGAAAGGGAAAGGUUUUCCCCAAAUUGCGCAGGAGAAGCCCACAUAGCUCCUGUGACUCAGUGUCUGAUAAAGAGGAUGAUGAAUCCACAGAUUACGUGUUUCGAAUCCUCUUUCCUGGAAACCAAAUGGAGUUCAUGCCUUUGGAGCUGGUGGACCAGGGUAUGAACAUGUGGGAACAGACACCCAGGAAUUCCUCAGAAUCCUCCUGCUCACAGACUGGAUCGUCUGAUAGCUCUCUGCCAAGUGGCUGCAUUCAGGAAAGGGCUCCUCUGAAGCUCCUCUGUGACACCAUGAGGUACCAGAUCAUCUCCCGUGCAUUUUACGGAUGGCUGGCAUAUUGCCGUCACUUGUCCACAGUUCGCACCCACCUUUCUGCUCUGGUCAACACCACCAUAGUCGUCCCUGAUGUGCCCUCUAAUGCAAGGGGAGGUCUCUCUGCUGAUGUUUGGGCCAAGUUUCUUCAGGACAGCUCUGCCUAUGAGGAGCUUGAGAUACACAGACUGGUGUAUUUUGGAGGUGUGGCACCUUCACUUCGCAAAGAAAUCUGGCCUUUUCUCCUUGGACACUACCAGUUCACAAUGAGUGAGAAAUGCAGGCUGGAGAUUGACGAGCAGAUGCGCCUCAUGUAUGAGCAUACCAUGAAGGAGUGGCAAGGUUGUGAAGCAAUGAUGCGACAGAGGGAGCAGGAGAAACAUGCGGAAGCCCUCGCCAGAUGUUUGUCGAGCACUCGCACUGAGGGUGGGCAGGUGUCGGAGCAAGAAUCCACUAUUAGCACAGAUUCAUCACUAUGCAGUAGUUCGGAUCCGCAGAGUACUCAGUCGCAGAACGACUGCAACAGCAGUGCGCCGGUGUUUACAUCCGUUGAUGCUGUGGAUCCCAUUGAGACCAGACCCAAUGGAUAUCAGAUAGAGCACAAAAGUCCAAUAAAGGAUGUCCCAGCUGAUUCCUUUGAGUCCAGCAAUCUAUCCUGCCAAGAUGUUUUUAAACCACUCCAAACUUGUGACAGUUACCUUCUUUUAACCGAGCCACCCAUUGCAUCGGCAAUCUUACAGCAGUCAGUCACCGCAGCCGAUGUCGUAAGCGAGGAAUCUACAGCUGAGGGGCUUCCAAAGACCGUCGAGGUCCUUGAGCAGGCACCUAAGGACAGACUCUUUGAAAGUGACAGCAUGGAGAGUAAUGAAGUUCUUGGAAUAAUUUCAGAAGCUGUGGACAAACCUGACAACAUUAAUAGACAAGCUCCAAUGGACAACACAAACAUUAUUAGGCUGGAGAAAGAGAUUCAGAAUCAGUAUUUUCAAGCGCCACCACUUGGACAGACUUUAAAAGCACAGAAUGUAGAGGAACAAGAAACGGAUGAGUCAGAAAAAGACAAUCUUUUAACAAUCGGCUCUGAAAAGGCAGAGAUACUUGACAACCUGCGCUCGCAAUUAUUGGCUGGCUGUCUCUUAGAGGUAGAAAAUGCUGAGUCUGUACACACAGGUGCCAGAAAUGUAUCAGACAUCUCAAACUCACCAGUCAGGCAAGUACUAGAUGUUUUUCAGUCGGCAUCCCGCGGGAGCCUUUCCCUGUCAUCCCAUAUAAGACAGUCCCCGGACUCGGAUGACUCUCCCUCAGCUCUAGAAAUGGAGGAGAUUCCUUCCGGGGUGGCCUGCUUGAACUUCGAGGAACAGAAUACCAGGCCCUUGACGGUACUCGCGAUCCCGCCCGCGUGUCUGGCUCGGAGACCCAACGCGGCAUCUGCGGAACUCGUCCCGGAUCCCCCGCCUGACACUGCGUGUAACACCAGCCCCGAGGACACUGAAGCUGGGCUGUCUGAAGAUGAGCCUGAUGCAGAAAAUGGGUUCGCGGCACCGAAAACUACGGAGGCAGAGGCAGAGUUCCAUCGGAAAGAUUGCUCAGCUCAACAACUGUAUUCUCAAGAAACCAUGGACAUGUAUCUCAUCAACUUGCAUCGCAUUGACAAAGAUGUCAGACGAUGUGACCGUACAUAUUGGUACUUCACGCCCGAAAACCUGGACAAGCUGAGGAAUAUCAUGUGCAGUUAUGUGUGGCAACACUUGGACACGGGUUACGUCCAGGGCAUGUGCGACAUACUGGCGCCUUUACUGGUUAUUCUGGACAAUGAGGUGAUGGCGUUUAGCUGCUUCACUGAGCUGAUGAAAAGGAUGAACCAGAACUUCCCUCACGGGGGUGCAAUGGACUCUCACUUUGCCAGCAUGUGCUCACUCAUCCAGAUCCUGGAUUCCGAGCUGUUUGAGUUGAUGCAGCAGAAUGGCGACUACACUCACUUCUACUUCUGCUACCGAUGGUUCCUUCUGGACUUUAAAAGAGAAAUGGUGUAUGAUGACGUGUUCUCUGUAUGGGAGACUAUCUGGGCUGCGGCGUGCACCACCUCAGAGCAUUUUGUGCUUUUCAUCGCACUCGCAUUGGUGGAAAUGUACAGGGAUAUCAUCCUGGAGAACAACAUGGACUUCACUGACAUCAUCAAGUUUUUCAAUGAAAUGGCUGAGCGACACGACAUCGCUCGGGUCCUUGCUAUGGCUCGAGAAUUGGUCCACAAAGUUCAGACACUCAUAGAAAACAAGUGAUCCUGUGCACUACUGUUCAUUAGCCAUUUCAUUUUAACGUACAAUCCCAAUACAAAAAAAGUGUACAAUGCAGUAAGGUGGUUGAAAGUGAUUGUCAGCCUUAGUUUCUCUGAGAAACAGUACAGGCCAGUAAUUAGAUAUUAAGUGUUAUUGUUCACAUAGUGAAUGUACCCUUAUUGAAAAUGCUUCAGGUUGUGUGUUAUUUUUUUUUUCCCCCCCUUGGAUGUUGUCAUUUUUCUGGGAUAAUAACAGAGUCGGGUAGUAACACAUGCCUUUUACUCAGUUACAUUUACUUGAGUAACUUUUUGAGAAAAAUGUACCUCUAAGAGUAGUUUUACUAAGCCAUACUUUUUACUUUUGAGUAGAUUUGUGAAGAAACGCUACAUUUACUCCGCUACGUUGGGCUACACGCGUCGUUAUAUUUUUCCUAUUUAUUCUACAAUUAUUUUUUUGCCAGAGAUACUACCAGUGGCUCUACCAGUUUCACCAAUGAGACAUCGAUAGAAUAAUCACAUGACUCUGUUAUACCAAUCAGACUCAAGCUAUGAUCACGCCAGCCAGUUCAAUCACGUAGCGUCUUAAAAUCAAAUCAAAUUUAUCGAAGAUAGCGUCUUUACGUGUGCACAUGUUGGUCGGUAAUUGAAGUGGAAAUUUGUGUUCACCUACCUCGCCAAAAAACAUUAUUCGCGCACUAACUUGUUACCCGAGUGCCCAGACUUGUGUAUCAUUAGCCCUAGUCCUUAUUUGCCCCUCUUGUGCCAGUGGGUCAUUCUUGUUUGAGAAGCACUAAGAAGUUAUGUUUACCUUGUCAAGUUUUCAUCCCAUGUUCUCGCUUCCGAAGAUCUUUUGUUGCCAGUUGUUUUUUUUGUUUGUGUUAACUUGGAAGCUGGCCUGUGACUGUCACAUGUCCAGGAAAAUAAACUGUAAAUUGAAACCUGCCACACACCUUUGUCUCGUGCAUUUGAGUCCAGCAGUGUCUGCAACUCUGUUGCUAUUUGAAACCCUAAAGUUUAAAGACAAGAGUGUACAAAUUUUAUAAAAACCAAAUCAUCAACAGGGGUUUUAUUAUCUAACUAGAAACUGCAAUUUCGGGAGAAAUUACUUCUGGUGUUUGCCAUGUGGAGAUACAGAUCUUAGCCCCAGCCUAGGUUGGUUUGGGGACAAUAUCAGGUCACUUCCUGUCUAUUUGGGGACAUUUAAGGGGCCUGGGAUAAUGAUAUCAGGUCAUUUGGGAACAUUUGGGAGGCGUAGCCUAUUCAUAUCAGGUCAUUUGGGAACAGUUAGGGGGUGUGGCCUGAUCAUAUCAGAUCAUUUGGGAACAUUUAGGGGGCGUCGCCUGAUCAUAUAAGGUCAUUUGGGGGCGUGUCCUAUUGAUAUCUGGUUAUUUCCUGUUUAUUUGGGGACAUUGUUUUUUUUUUUUCCAUUGAAAAUGAAUGGGAAAAAAUUUGGACGUUCAUAGCCGUCAUCGGCAUCCAUGUACAUUGGCAUCAAUAGAAUGGACAAACAUGCCCGUCAAUGGCAUUAAAAAGAGGAAAUGCCAUUGGAAAUGAAUGGAAAAUUUGGACGUCCAUGUCCGUCAAUGGCAGCACCCUCUAUAAGCGUCAAUGGAAGCGGGGAAGUUUGGGGGACACGUUCUAUUGAUAUCUGGUCAUUUUCUGUUGAUAUGGGGAAAUUUUGUUUUUUU